AUGAUGGAGCAAGUGAUUCUGCACUUUUCGGUGAAGAAUACUUUCCUUGACGUUCGCCCUGUCGAGGACGUUCCCCCGAUGCGGAGAAAAUCCUGGAGCUCGGGGGAUACGGGGGAUCCCACGGGAUUCAUCCUCGGUUUGUCCAAGGCCGCGAAUGGACAGGAGGUUACCCAGGAGGUUUCCCAGAAUCUGCCAGAGAUCCACGAUGAAGAUCAAAGCCCUAGCAGCCCUAGCAAGACGCUGGCAAAACAUCGUGCUGGUAGAUGCAAACCAUGCGUGUUUUUUGCGAGCGUUCAUGGAUGCCCGGAUGCCACAUGCAGUUUCUGCCACUUGGCUCAUCAACCUCCUCCGAAGCAGCGACCGGAAAAGCGGCUGCGGAAUGAGUUCAAAGCGGCGGUGCAGACGGUCUUUCAGAUGGAGGACCACCAAGCGCUGCGCCUGGCCCUGAAAAACUUGGCACCGCAACACCCGUACUUGCACUGGUACAUCAUCGGGCAGAUGGACAUGUGUUUCGGCAAAAAGCAGAUAGAAUCUGCCAGAAGGAUCCAGAAGGUCAUUGUUAUUCACUGUUGGAUUUUUGAGGGUUUUAUUCCCGAGAGCGUCUGA